AUGGCUUCUGAUUUAGCCACGGCUCUUUAUAUUCUCUAUGUUGGAGAUCGUCUUUAUCAAACUGUCGCUUUGUCAAUUAUUAUUGUGGGUACAAUUGGAAAUUUUUGUAAUUGUUUAGUUUUUCUUUGUAUUCCACCUUUGAAUAAACAUCCAAAUGCUUUAUUCAUUAUUGGAUCAUCAGUUGGUAGUUUCUUUUUUAUCAAUAUUGGUCUUUCUUCAGCCGUUAUACGAGUAUAUAGUGGUAUUGAUCCAUCAAAUCGAUGGUUAUUUUGGUGUAAAGCUGGUACUUGGUUUACUUAUUCGUGUGGUUGUUUUAGUUUUAUGUGUAAUUGUUUUGCAGCUCUUGGUCAAUUUCUUUUAACAUCACCAAGAAUCAGAUGGCAUCGAUUAAUCACACAUAUUCGUGCACAAAUAAUAAUUUUAUGUACAGCAAUUAUUUGGCUUCUUAUUUUCUUACCAUAUCCUAUAUAUUAUACACAUAUUCGUACAUCAAGUACAACAUUUGUCUGUACUAGUUCUUUACCUUUAAUCAGUCUCUAUGGUAACUAUUGGAUUAUAAUUGGUUAUUAUUUUUUACCAAUUAUUCUCACAUUGAUUUUAUUUUUUUUGACUUGGUAUAAUUUACAACGACUUUUAAGACGUCGUCGUACAUUAGAUGCUGUAGUAACUCGAAUGAUGCUUGUUCAAAUGUGUAUUUUAUUAAUUAGUGGUAUACCAGCAGGCUUUUACUUUUGUUAUAUUUUGAUUACACAAUAUGUUUUGAAGACAAUAUUACGAUUAGCAUAUGAAUAUAUUAUUUUACUUGUUCUUACUCUAUUUACUUAUUUUACUAAUGGAAUUUCUUUUUGGGUAUAUUUAUUUGCAUCUAAAACCUUUCGAAAGCAUAUCAAAGAAUUUGUUUUCAAAUUUUCAAUAUUCAAACAUCAAGUAAGACCAUUUCCUGCUCAAAUAGCAAGAAUAAAUGUAAAUCGUUGA